UCUCCUCUCCUUCUUCGCUCUCAAAUUUUCUCUCACUUUCUCGCAUUUUCUCUCACUUUCCACAGGGGUCAGCUCAGCUCCACGGCCCAACCAAACUAAAACCAAUCUGCCUGAAUCUCGAGAAAGCGAAAACAACGAGCACAAUAAAGACAAAAAUGUAAUUUUUUUUUUAUUUUUCUCGAUCUUCUACCAUUAUUGUAUUAAUUUAUGUGUACGCACAGACUCACACAUGUAUGCAAGUGUAUCCAUACACACACACACACACAUGCAUGCGUGUAAUAAUUUAUGGAUGCGUUGAGGGAAAUGCAUAGAGAGAAGGGAUUUUUUGGUUUUUAACUUUGUGGUUUCUGAAAAAGUUUCAGGCAGUGGCUUCACGUGACGCCUCCGCUGCCCUGUCCGUGAGUUUCCUCGAGCAAGAACUUCGAGGAAAGAUGCCCAGAAAGUGAGAGAAAGUGAGGGAAAAUUUCACUGUUCGUAAAUGCCCUCCUACCAAACAACCCUCUCCUCUCCACCCAUUAACUGCUUCCCUUUCUUCCCCUCCUUUCUUCUUCUGGGCCUCUUCCCGUUUCUCUGAAAACGAUCGAUCAGUUUCUGCAUCGGGGCAAUCACUCUCGCGGAUCUGGAAAGCGACCCCGUUGCGGAAAGCGACGGAUACAGAGUCCAGAGAUUUCAUAGGAACUGAAUCCGACCGUAUAUUCGAUUCCAUCCCCAGCUGAUAAAAGCGGAUUUGUUCUUUCGAUUUUGAUUGACCGAUCGCCGUCGUUGGUCUUUUUGGAAAUGGAAUCGGUUAUGGGAAGGUACUACUACAGUUCUUGUUCUUCAUCCUCUCUCUUCUUGCUUCUGGUCGCUUCUUCUACAGUUUUCUGCUUGGUUUCUCCGGCGAGAUCCGGCGAUGUCGAAGCUUUACUGAGCUUGAAAUCCUCCAUAGAUCCUUUCGAUUCGAUUCCGUGGCGUGGAACCGAUCUCUGCAAUUGGAGAGGAGUCAGAGAGUGCAUGAAUGGAAGAAUCUCGAAGCUUGUUCUUGAACACCUCAACCUCACUGGUUCGCUCGACGGGAAGAGCUUGAAUCAGUUGGACCAACUUAGGGUUCUUAGCUUCAAAGGCAACUUCCUCUCUGGCUCAAUCCCCGAUCUCUCCGGCUUGGUGAACCUCAAAUCGAUUUAUUUCAAUGGCAACAACUUCUCCGGCGAGUUCCCCGAGUCCCUGACGAAUCUUCACCGCCUGAAAACCAUUGUCCUCGCCGGAAACCGGUUUUCCGGCCGGAUCCCGAGUUCGUUGCUCCGCCUCUCCCGCCUUUACACGCUCUACCUGGAAGCCAAUCUCUUCACCGGCUCAGUACCUCCUCUCAAUCAGACAAGUCUCAGGUUCCUCAAUGUCUCGAACAACCGUCUCUCCGGUCAAAUCCCGCCGACGAAAGCGUUGAAGCAGUUCAACACUUCGUCGUUCUCCGGCAACCUCGGUCUCUGCGGCGAUCAGAUCCAAAACCCAUGUGGAGAAGGCGACAACAAUGGCGGAAUCGCGCCGACGCCGUCGAGGAACCAUCCGAAGCCACUUCCGACGAAAGGGAACAAAGCUAAACGAAUCGGAAUCAUCGCGGGUUGCGUUGGGGGCGGAGUUCUGAUCCUCCUGCUGAUACUUCUCCUAAUCUUCCGGAGACGGCGGAAGAUAAAGCCGAGAAGCGUUGAACGGAAAGGCAAAGCCGUUGCAGCGGCGGAAGGAGCGACGCCGGAGACAGAGGGCAGUGACCAGAAAAACAGAGGGUUUUCAUGGGAGAGAGGAGAAGAAGGAUCGGUUGGCACUCUGGUUUUCCUCGGAACCGGAGAUCCUGAGGAGACAGUGGUGAGAUACUCCAUGGAAGAUCUGCUGAAAGCUUCAGCGGAGACGUUAGGGAGAGGGACGGUGGGAAGCACAUACAAGGCAGUGAUGGAGUCUGGUUUCAUCGUCACUGUGAAAAGGCUGAAGGAUUCGAGGUAUCCUCGCAUGGAGGAAUUCAAGAGACAUGUUGAGAUUCUUGGUCGGCUCAGACAUCCGAAUCUGGUACCGUUGAGAGCCUAUUUUCAGGCGAAAGAAGAACGUUUACUGGUCUACGAUUACUUCCCCAAUGGCAGUCUCUUCUCUCUUAUCCACGGAACAAGGGGUUCCGGUGGCGGGAAGCCGCUUCAUUGGACAUCAUGUCUGAAAAUAGCAGAGGACUUAGCUGCAGGAUUGCUCUACAUUCACCAGAACCCGGGCUUAACCCACGGGAACUUGAAAUCGUCCAACGUCUUGUUAGGUCCCGAUUUUGAGUCAUGCCUCACGGAUUACGGCCUCACCAUGCUCCAUAAUCCCGACUCAGUCGAGGAAACAAGCGCUGCCUCACUCUUCUACCGAGCCCCCGAGUCCAGGGACCCACGAAAAGCCUCGACACAGCUCGCUGAUGUCUAUAGCUUCGGUGUUCUCCUCUUAGAGCUUCUAACGGGCAGAACUCCGUACCAAGACCUUGUCCAGGAACACGGUUCAGAUAUCUCUCACUGGGUCCGUGCCGUGAGAGAGGAAGAGACAGAAUCGGGCGAGGAGCCGACUUCCUCCGGGAACGAGGCAUCAUCGGAGGAGAAGCUUCAGGCUCUGUUGAGUAUUGCCACUGCUUGUGUGGCUCUUCAGCCGGAGACUCGGCCUGUGAUGAGAGAGGUGUUGAAGAUGGUGAGGGAUGCGAGGGCUGAAGCCCCGUUCUCGUCUAACAGUAGCGAUCAUUCGCCGGGGAGGUGGUCGGAUACAGUUCAGAGCUUGCCGAGGGAGGAUCAUGUGAGCAUAUGAGAGGGGGGGAAGGUUGUUUUCUGGAAUGAAUUCUUGAUUCUUGAAGUAGGGUUUGAUAGUGUAAAGCUUCUUUUUUUUUUUUGUUGAGCCUUUUGAUUCAUCAUUCAUGGGACUUGAAGGAAUUUGGUUCAGUGUUUCAGGUUCUCACUGUACUAGAAACAAAAACAGAAUCAAUGGUGGAAGUUUUCUUACCAGACA